UAUUUUAUAUAAUUAAUGUGCAUUACUUAUUUUCUAAUCAUAUACAUUUUGACAUAUUUGACAUAUGUCAAACCACUUUUUCAGAUAUGUCACACAUUAGUUUGAAUUUUGCGUAAAAUCACUUUGAAACAUCGUUGCCAGAUAUUAAAUAGUCAUGACGCGCAAUUAUAAUAGAGUGGAAGUACGUCGUCCGAAUAUGCCUUGACACGGGCAAAUUCAGGUGUUAAGGCAUUUUGGUUGCCGAGUGUACAAUAUGUAAUAGUUUAUCAAAAUCUUAUCAGAAGGCUUUCGAUAAGCAAGCGCAUCUUCCUCUACCAUUAUGUAACAAGUUCGCAGAUUUCAAUAGUUUAGUUAGGUCCGCUGAUUAGACGAAUUGUGCUGCACCGUUUAAAAUUAAACGUCUUUUUGAAAUGUCGAUACUUGUAGCUGGAAAACUGGCACUUGUUACCGGUGCUGGAAGCGGCAUCGGAAGAGAAGUAUGUCGAGUUUUAGCUCGAGAAGGCGCAACCGUUGUCGCAGCCGAUCAAAAUAUUAAAACUGCUCAGGAAACUGUUGCCUCUUUAGAAGGUGUUGAACAUAUUGCGUUGCAUAUUAAUGUUGAGGAUCGAAACAGUGUCGAAACUGCGUUUAAAGAUGUCGUGAAGCAAUUUUCAAAGCCUCCUACUAUUAUUGUUAAUUCGGCAGGCAUCUAUCGCAGAAACUUUUUGACCGAGGUUGAUGACAAUAUCUUUGAUGAUGUCAUCAAUAUCAAUUUAAAAGGUACUCUUCUAGUCAUGCAAACUGCUGCUAAAGCGAUGAUAGAGGGAAAUGCAACUGAAAAUUCUUCAAUUAUCAAUAUAAGUUCGAUUGCUGCUACACGUAGAGACGUUGGACAAAGUAUUUACAGCGCGUCAAAAGCUGGAGUGAUAGCUAUGACAAGGACCGCUUCGUUGGAAUUUGGACAGUUUGGAAUUCGAGUAAAUGCAGUAUUGCCUGGUUUUAUAAUCACUCCUAUGUCUGCAAUUAUACCUGACGAAGUUAGGGAAAUGGUUAUUAAAAAUAUACCAUUACAAAGAUUAGGAAAACCAGAAGAAGUAGCAGAGGUUAUUGUAUUUUUAGCUUCCUAUAGAAGUUCUUACAUAAAUGGAGCCUCUAUUGAAGUUACUGGAGGAUUAAAUUAAGAUUGAAUUAGUUUUACUAUUCAUCAGGGUUGGGAAGUAACGCGUUACUUGUAACGUCGUUACAUUAUUCGGUAACGAGUAACAAAUUUAACAGUUACUUUUAUCGCUACUUUUUGCAAAUUUACUCGGUGUAAUUUUCAUUCAAAGAAGAGUGGGGAAUGCAAAAUCACAUGUACGUAAACGCGUCAUUGGACACAUAUGAAAGAAAAAGUUCAGUGAAGAUGUUCAUUGUCGGUGGAUCUGUAUUAAUGCCACUAAAGACGGCAGCUAAAUGACACAAUUGAACAGUAAAUUCUUUUAAAAAUUAAUAAAGAGUUUCGAUAAAAUUUAGUAAUGUUUUCAUUUAUUUUAAAAUAAACCCUGUAAUAUUUAAUAAACUUAUAUUUAAAAAAGUAACGAAAUUUGUAACGAUGCGUUAAUUUUACGUAACGGUAACAGUAAUGAGUUACUUUUGAAAAUUGGUAACGAAUAAGGAGUUAUUUUUUAGAAAAAAGAACGGUAACGGAAACGAUGUGAAUUACUUUUAAAAAGUAACUUUCCCAACCCUGCUAUUCAUAUAUACAUAUAUAUUAGGUGUAUCAUAUAAAUAGGCUAUUGAUCAAGAAUUAUAUACAUAUAUAUGUAAAAAGUUUGCUUUAUAAAAGCUUGCUAUAGUAAUCUAUUUAAU